CGCGUCGUCCUCGUGGCAGUGCAUAAUCGGCAGCAAAGCUCUGCCGCGAGAGUCCUGUUUAUCUCGCCUUGAGUCGCCUUUUUCCUCGCUUUCGAGAGGCGCAAGUUCGUGCUCACUCCGCCGUUCAAUAGUAUACCGUAUAUCGCGGUGCUCUAAUUAGUAUAUUUCUCUUUUAGAAACAGAGUCAAAUCUCGCGCCACCAUCAUGGCCGACGAGCUGCCGGCGGAACAAAUUGCCAUUUUGCGCAAAGCUUUCGACAGCUUCGACAGUAAUAAGAGCGGCAGCAUUCCCACCGACAUGGUGGCUGAUAUCCUUCGAUUAAUGGGUCAACCAUUCAACAAGAAAAUUCUGGAUGAACUCAUCGAUGAAGUUGAUGCCGAUAAAUCUGGGCGGCUUGAGUUUGAGGAGUUCAUCACACUGGCAGCGAAAUUCAUCGUUGAGGAGGAUGCGGAAGCUUUGGAAAAGGAACUUCGGGAAGCUUUCAGGCUCUAUGACAAGGAAGGUAAUGGCUACAUCCCAACGACGUGCUUACGUGAAAUCUUGAGAGAGUUGGACGAUCAAUUGACGAACGAGGAGUUGGAUAUGAUGAUCGAGGAGAUCGAUUCCGACGGCUCCGGUACAGUCGACUUCGACGAAUUCAUGGAGAUGAUGACCGGAGAAUAAUUAUUUAGCGUGAAAGGUGAACUGCUUCCGGAUCCAAAGACAUUCGUGCGCGUGCAACGUUAUGCCUUGAAGAUAAUCAUUCGCGUGUUUAAAAGGAAUCAGUGCACAACAAAUUUAUUCGCACAGAGAUAUCUUCUACGUUACGAUCAAUCUCUAGAAGCAAAUUCCUGUUAUGAACAAACCGAUUUAAUAUAUUUUCUGCUUUUCUACGUACAUCAUAUUUAUUGUAGGGACGAGCUUUAUUUUGUUUCAUAUACUUACAUGAUGCCUUGGAAUUUUUUCAUUGACAGUAUAUUUAUUGUUAUUAAUAAAACAAGAUAAAAGUC